CGACAUUCGCUCACUGUGGCAAAUUAGCAGUAGUUGAAAACGGCGUCGGGGCAACUACCGGCUUCCUAACGAUUUUAAGCCAAUGACUGCAGCCGUGGGCUCAAAGGCGGGAAGAUCCGGCCGUCGUGGAGCUCGGAGGCAGUGAAGAAACCUUGGUCUGUGGUGCGUUUUGGUAGGCUCUCUCAGCCUGUCUGUGUGACUCUCUCCCUCUGGCUCUCUGGAGAGAGAGAGAGAACUGACAAGAGCCCUUCGCUCUGUGUCUGUGGUGCCUGCGAGGGGAUGUUGGACGGCUGCCGCUUCGUGGAGGCUGUGGCCCAUCUGGGCUACCCUGGUGCCUCCACUCUGAAGGGUGAGGAUUUCGACUGGCUCUUCGAUACACCCGAGCACCAGCAGUUCCUGCGCUUCUUCUGCAGCGGUUUGACCAGGAGCAAUGUACUCAGUCCGGAGGAGGCGCGGUCCUUCCGUGCCCUACGCGAUGCUGGGAAACCCAUCCUGGAUGAGGCAUCCCUGGGGAAGGUGCUGAAGACUUGCCAGACGGCCUCUGCCACGGACGUGCGCGCUCUGCCUGCGGGGCUGGACGAGGUCAACGUGGCGCAGCUGGAACAGGAGCUGCAAGCGUUGCGCAGGGAGAGGAAUCUGAAGGUGCGACGGCACCGGAAGCUCCAGGUCUUGCUGACUGCACGCACCGAUGCAGCUAUGCGUCUGUCCUUGCGGCGGGACGAGGCCUCUCGGCAGCUGAAGGAUGCUGUUGCUUCCCUGGGAGCUGAGAAUGCAGAGAUGAAUGCUGGGCUGCAGAUGUUGACUGAGGAGGUGAAGCGGCUCGCAACGUUCCUCCGUGUUGCGCCUUGCAGGUCUGAACAGGACCUUUCUGAGCCCCCUUGCACCUUGCCCCCGGGACACGCUGUCUUCCUUUCCCAGUUGUCUCUGAGGCCCUACCUAUGCCAGGAGGAAGCCAACACCAAAGCCCUUGCGCUCCUCACUCAGAAGCAGUUCUUCCAAGGCAUUUCAGAUAUUGUUGAGAGCUCAACUGCAGACAACUUCCAGCUGCUAGAGCUUAGCACCUGUGAAGAGGAAGAUGAACAGGUAGUGGAAGCCCGCCGAACAGAGAUGGCACGGCUGCAGUGGGCCCACAUUGUGGCCCAGCACGAGCUCUUCCUCGCCCGUGCCGAGGAGCGUGCAGCCUGUGCCGGCCUGCAGUGUAUCGCAGAAAACAUGCGCAGCAAGGCCAAGCAAUGCAGGGUGGAACUGGAGCCGGAGUUGCGUGGGCUGGUGGCCGAGCUACAAGCUCUGCUCUGCAAACGUGUUCCGAGUGCCCUGCGGGAGAGUGCUCAGUUGCUUAAUGUAUCUGUGGUGCGUGGUGACUUCAACCUGCAAGUGGCUCGGCAGGACUACUACACCUCUCGUCAGGACCAGGUGUGCAGCUACCUGUUGCGACAGAAGGCCAGCUUUGAGCUGCUGCAGUUGGCCCAUGAGCUGGAGCUUCGGAAGGAGCGCCACCUGCAGCGGCAGUUGGGGGACGCGGUCGGGCAUCUGAAUAAUGCCCGAACCAUUCUGAAUCAGCGCCUCCAUACCUUCUCUCAGCCUAAGGUGGCUCUGAUUCCCAGGCCAUGUGACAUCAUUGGGCCCAGUGAUUCUGCCUUAAGCAGGCUGUACCGGGUUCUAGAGUCUGUUGGUGGUCUUGAGCAGGAGCAGCCUUACCAGACAUAUGAGGGCUUGAUGCAGGCUGCUCAGAGCCUUCAGGAUUUGUUGCGCUCAACACUGGAGGCGUUGGCAGCUGCCUCUCAAGAAGAGGCCUUCAGCUCUGCCUGCCUGGAAGGCGAAUGCAGUGUACUUCGUGGGGCCACACACUGUGGGCUGCAGCAGCCAGUUUUGGCACCACAGAUAUGUGCCACUCUUGGCCAGGAACUCUGCCCCAGCUCACAGGAGCUCAGAGGUGGGUUGCAGGGCCUGGAGGCCCAGCUGGACUGCUUCAACAAGAUGAUGAAGGAAAUCCUGAUGGACAUCCGAGGCAAGCGAGCCCAGCUGGAGCGAAGCCCGACCCUGAGAUGCGAGCGGGAGUUCUACGUUUACUUCCAUCUUGAUGUUAAGCUGCUGAGGAAGAUGGUGGAAGAUUUGGAGGCCCGGGUGGGCAGUUUAGAAAGCCGGCCAUAGGAGACAAGCAAGUCAAACAUCCCCUCUCUCAGUACUCUGGAAUGUUCCUGGUUCGGCCCUGACAAGUGACAUCCUGCGGAUGUGCUCGACUCUUUGUGGUUGUAUGACAUCCCAGAGAUCUACUCGCCUUGAUAACAGCACUCUGAGCUUUCUCCAUUGCACAUGCACUUACUUUAACAACGCUCUGGCGUCCACUUACUUUGCUGUUUGACAUCAGCCGGGGGGGUGUUCUCUCUGCAUUUUCUGUGCCCAUAACUUAAUGUGUGGUGACUUCUGCGACCAAGAGUUCUGAAUCUUCAGCCUAGCAUAGGAUGGCCUUUGGAGCUACAAAGGAUUUUAUUCGUCGCUGAAUUCUCUCAAAUGUUGACAGACCAGGAUGUAAUGUGUCCGAAAAGCACCAAUGCACUCCUGACAAAAUCCUUGCAUGACAAAGUAACUGCUUAUUGGAGCCACAUAUGGUAAAAUCACUGAAGCUGCC